GUUGGGAAGCAGAGGGAUUAGAAAGACACAGUGAUCCACAUGCUGCUUCAGGAUGGACGCGGGGACAAUCCCAACCCGGCGGAGACAGGAUGACCAUGACAAAGGACCCAGUGAGGUGACUGUGGACAGGUGCAGCAGCAGCAGUCUGCCGGUCCUGGCCCGACUGUAUGUCUACGCUCUCCACGGGUGUCUCUGUGAGCUGGUCUUCACGGCAGCGUGGGACUGGUGCAGCACCCGAGACCGGAGGAUGGUGGGUCACAGCAGCCUGUGGGCGCUGCCAAUGUACGCUGGUGCCAUCUACAUCAUGGAGAGACUCCGGUGCUGGCUGCUGCUUCGCCGCCAGCUACUUCCUGUACGACUGCUGGCCUACACGGUCUUCAUCUACUUUUGGGAGUUCAGCUGGGGGACGGGGCUCCGGCAGCUGGAGGCCUGUCCGUGGGACUACUCGGAAUUUAAGUACAACCUGGGUGGACUGGUGACUCUGGAGUACGCGCUGCCGUGGACGGUGGCAGCAUUUUUGGCGGAGCAUCACGUGAUCAGGAACACGCUGAGGAUCAGACUGGACGGCUGAGCUGCAGGACUUUUCAGAGACAACAACGGGCAGUUUCACUUUUUAUUGAGGACAAUUUAAGUCUUGUUUAAAAAACAUUUUGAGGUUACAUGUAAUACAUGUCAGGAACAAAAAUAAAUAAAUAGAAGUGAUG